GAAGGUCCCGCCCCUUCGGCUGGGCAUCAGGGUUCGGCUGCGCCGCCGGCGAAGGAGACGCUGCCCUUCCGAAGCGAUGGAGCUGCCGAUUUGUGGAAACUGAAACUCAGAUUAAAUGACUUGCCCAUGGUCACUCAGCUAUUGUUCUUGUAGUGCUGCAAAGGGACUUUGGCAUUGGAGUCUCCCUUUAGGAAUGUGAAUGUGACUGUGGCCCCAUGGGCAGCGAGUUGAAACAUUUCUCCAAGCCAUUCCCAUCGUGGGACUUUGGGGUUCUCACAGCUGCAGCUCUAACGCGGGAUGGCUUUCCGAAGAACCGAAGGCAUGUCCGUGAUCCAAGCUUUGGCCAUGACGGUAGCAGAGAUACCUGUGUUUCUCUACACAACCUUUGGACAGUCGGCAUUUUCUCAGCUACGACUAUCUCCGGGCCUGCGGAAAGUACUCUUUGCUACAGCACUGGGAACAGUGGCCUUGGCUUUGGCUGCCCAUCAACUGAAGCGCCGUCGUCGACGGAAGAAACAGAUUGGCCCAGAGAAAGGAACUGGGAAGCCUGGAACUGUUCCUAUUCCCAUUUUCAUGGCCAGAAAAGUUCCAUCAGUGAAAAAAGGUUAUUCCAGCCGAAGGGUCCAGAGUCCCAGCAGCAAGAGCAAUGACACCCUGAGUGGCAUUUCCUCUAUCGAACCCAGCAAACACUCAGGCUCCUCUCACAGCCUGGCCUCGAUGGUGGCAGUGAACUCCUCUAGCCCAACAGCUGCAUCAUCUGGGCCCUGGGAUCCUAGAGUAACUGAAGAGUCGGGGGCUGCUGGUGAUGCAAAUGCAGAGAAUCUCUACAUUCAAGAAGGAAUGGAGCUGUUUGAAGAAGCACUGCAGAAAUGGGAGCAGGCCUUGAGUAUUGGACAGAGGAGAGACAGUACCAGCACCCCCACACCCUGGGACAAUCUCAAGAGUCCAGAGACCAUAUCUGAGGUACUCUCAGAGCCAGAGUCCCAGAAAAAGGAGUUUGCUGAGAAGCUAGAAUCCCUUCUACAUCGGGCAUACCACCUGCAGGAGGAGUUUGGCUCUACAUUCCCAUCAGAUAGUAUGCUCUUGGAUCUAGAGAGGACUCUCAUGCUGCCUCUCACAGAAGGUUCACUGAGGCUUCAGGAAGAUGAUGAGGACAGUCUUUCCUCCGAGGACUCUUUCUUCUCUGCUGCAGAGCUGUUUGACUCACUACAGAUAGGGGAUCUCCCUUUUCAACUCUCCAGGCCAGCUGCAGCAUACGAGGAGGCCUUGCAACUGGUGAAAGAAGGGAAGGUUCUCUGUCGGACACUAAGGACAGAACUUCUGGGUUGCUACAGUGAUCAGGACUUCCUGGCUAAAUUGCACUGUGUCCGGCAGGCCUUCCAGGGACUUCUGCAAGAUGAAAGUAACCAGCUGUUCUUUGGGGAGGUUGGGAAACAAAUGGUGACAGGCCUGAUGACCAAAGCUGAAAAGAACCCAAAGGGCUUCUUGGAAAGUUAUGAGGAGAUGUUGAGUUAUGCCCUGAGACCAGAGACUUGGCCUACCACACAGCUGGAGCUGGAAGGGCGGGGGGUGGUAUGCAUGAGUUUCUUUGACAUCGUGUUGGACUUCAUCCUUAUGGACGCCUUUGAGGACCUAGAGAACCCCCCCUCCUCUGUACUUGCUGUCCUGCGCAAUCGCUGGCUCUCUGAUAGCUUCAAGGAAACGGCUUUGGCCACUGCUUGCUGGUCAGUCCUGAAAGCCAAGAGGAGGCUCCUAAUGGUGCCUGAUGGCUUCAUCUCUCAUUUCUACUCCGUAUCGGAGCAUGUUAGCCCCGUUCUUGCCUUUGGCUUCUUAGGGCCCAAGCCACAGCUGGCUGAAGUCUGUACUUUUUUCAAGCAUCAGAUUCUGUACUACCUGAAGGACAUGUUUGACUUGGACAAUGUACGCUAUACCACAGUGCAGUCACUCUCAGAGGACAUCCUUCAGCUGUCCCGCAGACGCAGUGAGAUCCUACUAGGUUACCUGGGAACAGAACCUGUCCGUGAGAUGAACGGGAUGUUGCCCCAUGAAAACGGACCCCUGGAGGAGCUUCAUUAACCUCCAUGCUAUCCUGAGGAGGGCUAACUCCUCUCCUCUGUUAUUCUCACCUAUGGCAAUGGGGGCUUCUCUCCUGAAUUACAUGAGUGGCAUUGGCUUAGCCUGGCCCUUGACUUCACUGACCUCAGGGUCCAUCUGCUUGCCUUCCAUGGAGGGAUCUGCCAGUGUCUUGGACCAGUCGAUUGCUUCUUUUCCCUUAGGUUGGAAUUCUAGGCUCCAGAUCUCAGCUCAGAAGGACCAAUUCAUUGUAGCUGCCAGCAGCCACAAAUUAAUAUUUGUGGGUGGACACCCGAGACACACUUGGAUUCCUAUAUUCAUGAUGCCCCUCUCCUCUCCCCCUCCUUUUUGAACAGUGGCAGUUCCCUUGCCAUGGCCAGGAAGCUAAUAUGUCUCCCCUUGGCUUCUUUCUCCUGGGGAAUCAGCUGGCAAUGCCUUGUUUGUGAGACUGGAAGUAAGGUCAGCACAGAUGUCUGUCUCACUAGGUGGGCUUAGCAGUGCAGCUGUGAUGAUGUGCCUUGGUUAGGUGAGGGAUUAGUGGAUUUCUUGGAAGGCUGAGAAUGUGAAGUUUCUUAGUCCUGUCCCCAUCAAGGCUGGUUGUUUCUUUAGUCAAAUCUGAGAAGAUUCAGUGCUCUGGAAUGUGCUGUUGGGUGUGAUGAUGGAGGAAUGAAGUAGAUUGAGGGGCAAGAACCAGAAGGAGAGUUGUGUAUAACAGGGAAAAGAAAGGACAAGACCUAGAGGGAGGAGUGGGGGAAUAGGGAUGGAACUCUUAACAUUUAGCAGGCCCUUAGGAUUGCUCCAGAGACACCAUUUGAUGUGGAAUCACUGGCUGUGAGCCAUUGAGACCUAGGGUAGGUUUGCUGAGUCAAGAACCUCAUUUUCAGUAGGGAUGUGGGGCCAUGGGAUUAAAGGGUAAUCUUUGCUACUGCUGAGGAUGAGAGAGAGAGAGAAUGAGAGAAUAUAAGAGUACAUCAAGGGACGGUGUCCACCAAAGGGAGGGGGUAGCCAAAGGGGUGAGGGCCACAAUUAUUCUUAAUGGAAAUGAAUGUCAGAAAUCUGACUGGCUGGUUUUUAUUUCCCUGGCCUAUGGGCACCUUUCCUAUUUCACCUGCAGUGAAGAACUUAAGAAUAGCAUGGAGAUCUCAAUAGAGUGGGAACACAAAUGGCCAAAUAGAUGACAAAAGCUAAAUACUAGGAACCUGGGAGAUGAGAAUGGAAUGAGAUAAGGAGGAUCCCAGAAAGUUAGAGUGGGAAAGAGAUAAGAUCAUUGAGUCAGCUCUUUCACUUUACAGCCAAGGAAACAAAGAGUCCCAGGGAAGUGAAGGACCUUGGCUCAGUCACACAACUAGUCAGUGGGAGAGCUGAGACUUCCCUUUAGAUUUUCCAAUUCUAGAUACAACAAUCUCAAUUAUACCACAAAUCUGCAGUCUGCUGACCAGAGCAAAGAAGGUCAUUUAGAGUUUGCCAAAUAUGUAUUGGUGUCCCUUCCUAAUCCUCUCCAUCCAGCAAGAAGGAAGCAGCCCUGAGGACCAUCUUUUUUUAAACCUUUAUUUAUAUUGUGUGAGUGUUGAGUUGAGCAUCUAUUGCCUUCUACCCUCUACCUGGAAAGAUCACUUACAUAUUUAGUGUUGCUUGGAAUAAUUCCUGAGCUGAUGACCAUGGACCAUGAUCUGCAGAGUUUUAUUCCCUUACAAAAUGUAUAAGCUUACUUGGACUCAUCGUUUUGGCCCAAGUGUUCCAGCUCCUCUUUGCUACUAAAACCAGCCCAUUAUCCUUGAUGCUGCCACUCUGUGCUGAGACCAGAUGAAUGUCUGCCAGCAUGGGCAGGGGGGCCUGAUGUUUUGGUGAUUUUGUAUUGUUGGUCAAUGGGUAGAGUCUAACCAGCACAAAAAAUCAGCCACUCCUUUACCUACCAACCAAACUGCUCUGAAGAAUUCAAAAACACCUUUUCAAGAGACUUGUUUGGUUAUUGUUUUCCCCUUUCUAAAGACUGGGAUGGUAUUCCACCUUCACCAAAGACUCCUGGCAGUACCCUUGGGAAAGAGCUGACCAAAGCCUUCUGGGGUCUUGAAUUGCUCUGGAAGCUAGUCUCCAGUGCUGUGGGGGCAGUAUUUUCAGCAUCGAGGAGCUCCCUUCCCAGUAUCUGGCAGUUGAUUACCUUCUGGGAAACCAUCACUCCCAAACCAAGAGUCUUUGUGCCCUGGCCCUUUCUCUCUGUGUGUCUCAUCCCUUAGCACUAUAUACAACUAGCACUUUCAUUAUGAUUGGUCAGGCCCUGGGGUGGGGCUCAUGGCCUCAACAGAUUUGGGGAAGAAUAGUGAUGGGUAGAUAACAAGUUUCCCCUUACUCUGUUUACUCACAGAUGUAUCUCCCAGAACUUUUUAUUUAGCUAGAGAGCAAACAAAUACUCUAUCAAUGUAGUCUAAGUUUAGAGAGCUGUAUUUGGUAUUCUAACACAGUUGGCCACUAUAGAUAAGUUAUGUUAGCAUUUCUCUAAACUAUCCUUGUGUUCAAGAGUUUCUAUCUUAGCCCUGCAGACUCACUUCACUCAUAGCGAUUAAUUACAGCAUUGGGCUUGAGUAGGACUUUUUAAAAAACUGCCUUAAUGGGGCAGAAAAGUUGGGUUGUCCCCGAAAAAGUCGAGUUUGGGAUGUGUUAGGCUUCUUAAAGUCUUAAGAACUAGCUUUUGGGGGCAGGGUCCCAAGUCAAAUUUUACGGGGAAUAAAAAGAUUGGAAUGAAAUUUUAUAAAAUAUGCACAUUUGUCUUCCUGCUAGAUUUUAUUGUUUGCUCCCUCCUUCUGAACCAUCUUGCCCCAAACUUCUAGAAGAUAUGAAUCCUGAUCAUUUCAGUCAUUCAUAGCUCCCUUUGGUACUAAAUGUGCCUCUAUGGACAGUAAACUGAAGAACUGGUCCCCUGGGAGGGCAGUGUGCUUUCUAGGUGGAAAUGGUCUUCUCCUAAUCUCCAUUCCUCCAACACUCCAUUGUCACUCACACACAAUCUACGAAUGUAACCUUGUGCUUGAUUCUUUCUCUCUUUGUCUUUUGCUCUGAUCUCAUAAAGGUAUAAUUUCACUUGAUUUUGUUUGUUUACCUAUCCAUGAACUGCCUCUGACUGAUUUACAGCUUUUAUCUUUUGUACGGUAGGUGGAGUGUGUUGACUGGAGUCAAAUAAAAAAUAAUUAAAAAAAUUUUUCUUAAA